GUCAUGCUCCUGUGUCUCGGGGUGUGUUUGUUUGCGAGAGGAAGAGGCUGGUUGGAUGUUGGGCGGGUCUAGCAGACAGACAGACCCGAGAAAAGCUCCGAUCCGCCGCCGCCUCGGACAAACGGACCGCGGACUCCCGACAGACGGACGGACGCAGCGGAGCGGCGCUCAGACCGAGGGACAGCCGGGAGGAUGGACCGGCGGAGCGGCCGUCGGUAGCGCUCUGACCGCGGGGACGGAGCUCCAGGAUGAGCGUAGCGCUGCAGGACCUCCGGAACACCAUGUCCAGCUACAAGCGAGCUACGUUUGAGGAGGAGGAGGUGUCGGACGCUCCGGCUGAGGCGGCCUCGUCUCCCGACAGAGUAGAGGUGGGUUUCAGGAAGGGCGGCGUGGACCUUCUGGGCCGGAGAACCCAGCUGGAGGUUCUGCUGUCGGUUCUGCUGCUGGCCGCCCUGCUGGCUCUGCUGGCCUGCCUGGUGGUUCUGGGUCUCGGCUUUAGUUCUGACAGUGGGCGUGGCCUGUGUCUGUCGGAGGCGUGCGUCACGGUGGCCAGUCAGAUGGUGGAGGCGAUGGACCGCAGCGUCGACCCGUGUCACGACUUCUACCAGUUCGCCUGCGGAGGCUGGAUGAGGAAGAACCCGCUGCCAGAAGGACGGUCCAGAUGGUCGACCUUCAACAGCAUCUGGGAGCAGAACCAGGCGCUGCUCAAACACCUGCUGGAAAACGGGACGUUUAACGGCAGCAGUGAGGCUGAGAGGAAGACUCAGUCUUAUUAUCUUUCCUGCCUGAACACUCAGAGAAUCGAGGAGCUCGGAGCUCAGCCUCUUAUUGACCUCAUUGCCAAGAUCGGCGGCUGGAACAUGACGGGUCCGUGGGACAAAGACAACUUCAUGGAGGUUCUGAAGGUGGUUUCAGGUCCAUACAGAGCUCAGCCGUUCUUCAGUGUCGGAGUCAGCACCGAUCCCAAAAACUCCAACAGCAACGUGAUCCAGGUGGACCAAUCAGGACUCUUCCUGCCGUCCAGAGAUUAUUACCUCAACAAGACAGCCAAUGAGAAGGUGCUCGUGGCCUACCUGGACUACAUGGUGGAGCUCGGGAUGCUGCUGGGUGGAGAGAGGAGCUCCACUCAGCUUCAGAUGCAGCAGAUUCUGGAGUUUGAGACAGCGCUCGCCAACAUCACCGUCCCUCAGGACCAACGGAGGGACGAGGAGAAGAUCUACCACAAGGUGACCAUCGCCGAGCUCCAGAUGUUGGCUCCAGCUGUGGACUGGCUCGACUACCUGCUGUCUUCUCUGUCUCCUCUGGAGCUGAACGACACCGAACCGGUCGUCCUGUACGCCAGAGAGUACCUGCAGCAGGUGUCUGAGCUCAUCAACAGGACGGACCGCAGUCUGCUGAACAACUACAUGAUGUGGACGCUGGUUCAGAAGAGCGUCGCCAGUCUGGAUCAACGCUUCGAGAACGCUCAGGACAAACUGGUGGAGAGUCUCUACGGAACCAAGAAGUUAUGCACCCCUCGCUGGCAGACCUGCAUCGGAAACACCGACGACACUCUGGGCUUCGCUCUGGGCGCUCUGUUCGUCAAAAAGACGUUCGACAAACAGAGCAAAGAGAUUGCCGAAGAGAUGAUCAAUGAGAUCCGCUCAGCGUUUAAGGAAGCUCUGGACCGACUCAGCUGGAUGGACGACCAGACGAGGCAGGCGGCUAAAGAUAAGGCCGACGCCAUCUACGACAUGAUCGGUUUCCCAGAAUUCAUCCUGGACCCCAAAGAGCUGGACGACGUUUACGACGGGUACGACGUGUCGGACGACAGCUUCUUCCAGAACAUGCUGAACUUCUACAACUUCUCAGCUCGAGUGAUGGCCGACCAGCUGAGGAAGACGCCCAACAAAGACCAGUGGAGCAUGACUCCGCCCACCGUUAACGCCUACUACAUGCCCACCAAGAACGGCAUCGUCUUCCCCGCCGGGAUCCUGCAGGCUCCUUUCUACGCCCACGACCACCCGAAAGCGUUGAACUUCGGUGGCAUCGGGGUGGUGAUGGGUCACGAGCUCACGCAUGCCUUCGACGAUCAGGGUCGUGAGUACGAUAAGGAGGGGAACCUGAGGCAGUGGUGGCAGAACUCGUCGGUGGAGGCGUUCCGUCAGAGAACCGAGUGCAUGGUGGACCAGUACAACCGCUACACCGUCAACGGAGAGCACGUCAACGGCAAACAGACGCUGGGAGAAAACAUCGCCGAUAACGGAGGGCUGAAGGCUGCGUACCACGCGUAUCGGUCGUGGAUCCAGAGAAACGGCGAAGAAAAGAGGCUUCCUGCCGUCAACCUGACCAACGACCAGCUCUUCUUCGUGGGAUUCGCACAGGUGUGGUGCUCCGUCCGAACACCAGAGAGCGCUCACGAGGGCCUGGUGACCGACACCCACAGCCCGCCUCGGUACCGGGUCAUCGGCACGCUCGGCAACUCGCCGGACUUCAGCCGCCACUUCAACUGUCCUGCCGGAACGCCCAUGAACACCGGGAAGCGCUGCGAGGUCUGGUAGACGGGACGAGGAGGGGGGCGGAGUCUCCAGGAGGGGGCGGGGUUAAUUAGGUCCGCCUGUUAACGAGCAGGUUGACGAGCUCAUUAGUGUCUUAAUUAGAGGUGUUCAGGUGCGGGUGCAGGUGUAACCUUCAGUUAUUAAUUAGCGACGUCAGACUCACUUCCUGUCUGGAACCUGAAGUGGACUUCACACAGAGACACGAAGGACUGAUGAUGAAGACGAUGAUGAUGAAGCCACGUGGGACAGUUGCUGAUUUCUGCUUAAUCACCGUUAUUGAUAUUAUUAUUAUUAUUAUGAUUAUUAAUGGGCUUUGGUUUGUGUGUGUGAGUGUUGUCUGUCGUAUGAAAGUGCUCUCUCCGAUGACAUCACUGUGAUGACCUCAUACAAACUGCUACAUCAUCCGUGUGGCCACUAGAGUUACAGAGAAAGCCGUCGUCUGAUUGACUGGUGGGUUUCGUUUCUGAAUUAAGGUGCAGUUUAAGGUUUUAAACACCAAUCAGUAGAUAAAUUAAUGGGAAGGAAGGGUUUUAAUUGGUUCCACGGAGGUUUUUAAGCAGCACAAACACUUGGUUCAUUUUAAUUAUUGACCAGAUUGCAUGACAAUGAUCCGUUCUUAAACCGUGUAGAUAAUCUGUUACAAUCCUUUAACUGAUCCUGAUAACGCUGGUUAAGGAGGACCUUAAUUUAUUGGGUCAGUUAAAGGAUCCAGUUCCUGAGUGUUACUGAAGUGAGAAUGAAACUCUUUGUCAAACCACUCUACAUAUGCCACUGUUUUAACGUGAAGUAAGAAUAUCUUUUCCUUCUAUGUGCCAUGUCACAGCCCUUUAAUCAACCUGCUAAUUAGCACCUUGAAGCUCGUCAGAAUUCGACAUUUUUUGGCAGUUUUAAGGCGAAAACGAAGGGAUUCAAACCACUCCACGCUCUGUAACCACUAACCGCCGUACUAGUGUUGUCAUGGUAACCGAAACGUACAAGCAGCCACUGUUGAUUAAAUCCAAGACGUCAGAAGCGAUUAGACUCUUACUCUGAAGCUGAAAUUUGCAACGUUGCCUUAGAAUUUCAAACUAAAAUGCCUAAUAAAAAACAGAAACGCCAGCUGUUUGUGGAGCUCGGCUGAUUACAGAUCAGCCUUUAGAGUCCGAUCUUAGACUAGAACAGCAGCCAGCGUGGUGCGUUCAGGGACUGAAAUGAUCUUUGACUGUCAACAACAAAGAGGAGAGGCGUUCAGGAACAAAAGUGAGUGUGGGACAUUCAGGAAUAUAAUUGUUCAGAGACUUGAAAGGACCGGGUAGUUGGGGAAUGAGAGUAAGCGUGAGGCCUUCAGGAGUUACUACCAGUGUGGGACAUUUCUAAAGUACAAUGAGCAUGUUCAGGAGCAGAAAUGUUCAGGGGCGGUUGUAAAGACACUAAAUUAGGGAUUUCAUUUUAACCACUCUUUUUAGUUCCUGAACACCUCACAGUUGUUUUAGUUAUUUAGCUGUUAACGUUCCAGAAUAAAAAUGACCGCGGGGCAUUGAGCGACAGAAAUAAGGCAGAUUUAAAUAAGCUAGUAUGAGGUGUUCAGGAACCAAAAUGAGCGUAGGGAAUUUUAGACUGAAGCCAGCUCCUGAACGCCUCACAUUUAUAUUAGUUCUUUGACUGUCAAAAAUGAUGGUGAGAUAUUCAGGAAUAGAAAUAAGUGUGAUGUGUUCAGGGACUCAAAUAAGCAGGGCAAUUAAAGAGCCAAAAUAAGCAUGGGGCAUUCAGGAGUUAAAACCAGUGUAGGACAUUUUGAAACUGAACAAAAUUUUGAACAUUUAGCAAAAAGAAAAGACUUGAAUUAAUUUGAGGCGAAAUAAGUAUGGGGCAUACAGAAACUACGAUAAAGAUUAUGGACUGAAAGAAGCUUAGGAGGCAUUCAAGAACUAAAAUAUGUGUUGGAACCAAAAUGGGAUGUACAUGGAGUCUCUUUAUUGUGGGGCGUUCAUGAUUUAAAGAGCGACAAAUUGUAGUUUUAGCCCAUAAAAAUACAAAUCGUUAAAUAGUUUUUCUUCUAACUCUGUGACUAGAAGCAUUCUUUUUUCUCCAUAGCCCGAUAUUUGACUUUCUAUCAUCAGACCUUGAGCUGGAGAGGACAGUGAAUGCAGCACGGAGAAGCAUAUAAAAGUAUAUUAAAGAAAAGAGUUAUAGAGCGUCACUCACAGGCAGUUUCAUCGUUAAAUUUAAAAGAUAAACAUUAAUAAAUAGAAGAGACUUCAUUACCCAUAAUUCCUUAGUGCUCCUGCUGAGUGCAGCAGGUUCACGACUCUGACAGCAGGUGGAGCUGUUGGUCCGCUCACCUGGACUCCACCACCUGAAACUGAAAACUCACUUAUUAAAGGCGGUAUUGUGACAACACUAAACACUGCAGACUGUGUGUGCGUGUGUGUGUGUGUGUGUGUGUGUGUGUGUCUGUGUGUGUGUGUGUGAGAGAGAGCUUUGCCACCUGAUGACAUCAUCACCGUCCAAUCCCGUGCAGCUUCCUGUGUGUGUUGUCGUUUGUUCAGCAGAAGAAGAAGCUGCUUCCUGCCAAAGAUGUUUCUGUGUGUGUGUGUCAAACCUGUACGUCUGUAUUUGUGAGGACCAGGACGAAUUUUCUGCCAUGUGAGGACGUUUUGGGGAAAUGAGGACAUUUUAACUUUUAGGGCAAACCUUCAUAGGGCCAUCGGGACGCUCUUUUGGGAUCAUCAUCAUGUCCGCAGGGGUCCCUACAAUGUCUCUUGUGUUUUAUUUUGUGUCUUACGUUGUGAGGACCUGUUGGAUUUUUGUGCCAUGUGAGGAUAUUCUGCGUGGUCCUCACUUUAGGACAAAACUUUAAAAGGCCUUUCUUUUACAAUUGGGAGCCAGUUAAAGUUAGAGGACUGGAAAAGCUUCACAUCCACGAGGGCAUGAGUUUGUGUUGCUGUACGUCUAGUUUUGUGAGGACCAGUUCUGUUUUUACACCAUGUGAGGUCGUUCUGUAUGGUCCUCACAUGGAGACAAACCUUUCGAAGGGCUGUUCUUUUAGGAUAAGAAUUGGGCUAAGUUAGAAGACUGGCUUGGCAUCAAAUCCACAAUGGUGCCUACAGUGCGUUUGUUUUGUAUGUCGAUCUUCGUGAAGACCAGAUUGAGUUUUAGACCAUGUGGAAACUUAUUGUGUUGUACAAGCCUGGGACAAACCUUAGAAGGGGGCUUAAGGGUUUAUUUAGGUUCAGGUUCAGGUUGAAGUUAAGGGCGGUUUGUCUCUGAUGGUCUCCACAAUGUGUUUGUGUUCUUGUUUGUCUAUGUGUGGAUUUCAGGCUUGGUCAGGACAUUUUGUGCAGACCUCACUUUGGCCUUUAGCUGUGGGAUGGGGGGUUCUUUAGGAUCAGGAAAGGGUUCAGUUUCGAGGGCUGGCAUGGCAUCUGAUCCAAACAGGUCUCCACAGUGGGUAUUUGCUAUCUUUGUGGGGUUCAGUUGGAGUUCAGGACCAUGUGAGGGCAUUUUGUGCAGUCAUCUUUGUGUGAAGAACUUCAGUGAGCUGAUGGGGGUUAAAAGUUGGUUUUAGGAUUCAUUUGGGAUCAGGAUCAGGUUUAUUUUCGGGGCCAUAUACGUGAAAUCCCUCACAAUAUGCGUAUGUGUUGUUGUUCGUCUAACUUUAAGAGGACCAGUGUGGAUUUAAAGCCAUGUGAGAACAUAUUUUUGGACGGUUUCAGAUUGUAUUGUAGGGUUUAUUUCUAUCAGGUUUAAAGUUGGCUAACCAUAUCAUAGAGGAUCCUCAUAAUGUGUGUAUGUCCCUGUACAUCCACCUUUGUGAGGACAUUUGGUUGUCAUCCUCACCCCUUCAGUGGACUGUUCAAAGGUUCAGACUUGGUUUUAAGGUUCAAGGUAAACCCAGGUUCAGGUGAAUGAGGGUCCUCACAUGUAUAGGCAGAAAAUGUGUGUGUGUGUGUGUGAGAGAGAGAGAGAGAGAGGGCUCGGAGCUGUGUAUUAAUGUGUGUGUACAGUAGACGGCAGUAGAUCUGAUGUAGAUUAAACUCAGCUCGUUGUAAGCUCCCUGUCUGUCCUGAAGGGGGCGUCAGCGCUCUGCACGUCCAAUCAGAGAGCUGCAUUCCAGACGGCUGCUGUUGGAGGUCUGGUGGAGGUUUUAUCUGAUUUUAUUUGGAUGUCAGAGAAUGUGAAGGAAACACCAGAUGUUUUCUAUCAGACUGCAGAAAUAUAAUAAACACUGAACACAAUGAA